UGGUGUCAGCAGCUAGGCAGCCCAGUCUCUCCAGAAACCUAGAACACAGCAGAAGAGCUUUUACCAGAGACACAAGGGCCCCGGAAUCAUGUCAGACCCCACAGUUACUGCCUUCCUGACCAAGCUGCUUUGCUCCCAUGGUGGUCGCCUGCCUAGGCAACUGCUGCCUGAAUUCUUGGAGCUUCCCACUGAGCAGAUAGAGCAGAUACUGCAGGAUGAACCCCAAAAGUUUACGAUGGUUGGGGAGCUGGUCUUGGCCCGGAACCCCGUGAGGAUCUGUGCCAAAUAUCUGAAGAAUGAACAAGAGGAGGAGUGCGACAAGCUGCACCUAUGCCGACACUAUCUGCAGGGCAAAUGCUGGUCUAGCAGGAGGCGACAGUGCAAUCUCUCCCAUGAUUUUUUAUCAGAUCAUAACCGGUCGGUUUUAAAAGCCAAUGAGAUUAUUGGACUGAAUGAAGAGGAGCUAAAAGUCCUCCUGUUCCAGAACGACCACCAACUGCUGCCGGAGGUUUGUGUGAAGUAUCUGCAUGACACAUGUGAUCUCGGUAAGGAUUGUACACGGCUUCACAUUUGUGGUUUCUUCACACGAGGAGAAUGUAAUCGUCGCAUCUGUAAACGUUCUCAUCACCUCCUGGAGGUCAGUUCGGACUUAUUACUAAACCGCUGUCGUAUGUCUGAGGUGUCUAUUCAGAACUUUCAGAUGCUAUGUGCCGUGAAACACAGUGAACGCCUUCAGUCACUGAGGGAAGAGGGAAAGAGGGAAAAUGAGAGGGGGCGUCCUGCAGUACACAGAGGCAGAGGAAGACCCAGGAAUAAACAGAAGCGAGAGCCUGAGGGUGUGUCACGAGACAAGAGUCGUGGACGUCAAAAUGAAAGAGCAGAGUCCAAUAUUCGGAGAAGAUCAGUAAGUCGGCCGAUAUCUGAAGGUGGGAGGAGUAAUCUUGGCUGGUCUGGAGAUGAUGGAGAUGAACCUCGGCUUGAUAAGAUAAAGGAUGAUUGGUUUAAUGACUCAUACCUGUAUGUGGCAGACACAUCCCCCUCCAACGUGCAGCCCUUGAUGUCAUGCAUAGCGCGCUACCCAACAUCAACUGUAUCCAUAUCACCUGCGCUGGAACUUUCUAAGUCCCACCUUCAGUUUCCAUUACCUGCAGCUUCACCUACAGUGCCAUCUGCUCAGCCAGGAAGUCAAACCGGCCUCUCAACUCCAUCUUUUACUCCAUCUGCCCCUCAACCAAAAUCAGCCAUUACACCAGUGACCACUGUGAGUCCACUUAAUUAUCCACUAACAUCUUCUGUGGGGCCAAGUAGACCAGUUAAUCUUCCUAUGGAUCGUCUGUUGGGUGCCAAUUCUAUUAAGCCAAUGUCCCCUCCAGGGAUGAAUUCAUCCACAGUCCCAUCAGUGCAACCUACAGGUUCAAACAGAUUGGUAAAUCAUCUUCCAAAUCCAUCUGUUCCUGAGGAGAAACCAGUGACCACCAAUAUUGCAAGUCCAUCCAGGCCUCCACUUGUUGCCACCAUCAAACCGGUAAUCCCCCCUGCAGCCAGUCCUUUCAGUGCUUCAACAUCUAAUCCCAGAUUGGUUCCUUCUCCUGCAGAAGGUUCAUCUGCUCCACAGCUUAAAUCAGGUGAUCUGUUGGAGAAAGAAUCAGUGUUUGGAGCAACCUGCAUGUCGCCAAAGAAGUCGGAGCCUUACAAAGUCCCAGAGAUCUGCCUGUCAAAUCUUUGGAAAUACUGCAAAUUAGGAAACCUUUGUCCAGACAUGCAUUACUACCUACCAUACCGAUGGCAGAUUUACAAAGGAACAGAUUGGGAAGACAUUUCCAACAUGGAAGAGAUUGAGAAAUACUACUGUGACCCAAAGUUUGACAGGGUUCAACUGAUUGAUUUUAUGACUAUGAAAUCUGGAAUGCACCGCGUCCGGCGACUCUCCACUAUAUCCUCGGUCAAGAAGCCGUCUGACUACGUUCUGACAACUGAGUGGUUGUGGCACUGGAAGGAUGAAUUUGGCACCUGGACACAAUAUGGCCACUCUAAUGUGAAACAAGUGAACUCAACCAUCCUUUCUUCAGACCUGGAAAAUGUGUAUCUCUCAGAUCCCACUGCAGUCAUUCCUUUCAGCGCUGGAAACCAGCAGUAUAAGAUCAACUUCCCAGAAAUGAAGCAGAGGAACAUUUUGUACAAGACGGAAAAAGACGUCCGCAGAAGACCAAAAUUUCUGAGCUUUGAGGAUGUGAAAUUAUUGAGAGGAAGCAAAAAUACACCAGGAGCCAAGCCAUCCCCGAAAUCAGGAACGUCUCCUCUGAAGAUUGACAUCUACCCUAAGACGUGGGACUCUGAGGCCAUGCCAGACAUAGGCUGCAGGAAUGUUCUUGUCUCUAACACAUCCAGCGAGUUCUCAGAAAUUGUAAACAGCUUCACCAAGACAGUAAGCGGCCAUGUGGUUAAGAAUAUGUGGCGACUCCAGAACCCAUCUCUGUGGCAGGUCUUUCAGUGGCAAAAGGAACAGAUGAAAAAAGUCAAUCAGGGACGAGACGUGAAAGAAAUCCGGUUGUUUCAUGGCACAGAGAAGAAGCACAUCGAUGCCAUCUGCAACGACAAUUUUGACUGGCGUAUCUGUGGUACACAUGGCAUUGUGUAUGGACAAGGAAGUUACUUUGCCCGAGACGCCUCGUACUCCCAUAACUACUCCAUAGCGACCUCUACUGGGACACGGAUGAUGUUCGUAGCUCGUGUGCUGGUGGGAGAGUACGUGCCGGGAAACCCCCAAAUGAAACGUCCACCACUGAGACACGGAAGCAUCACACGGUACUAUGAUUCCUGCGUGGACAAUCCCAUAAAUCCCUCCAUUUUUGUGGUGUUUGAGAAGCAUCAGAUCUACCCUGAGUAUCUCCUGGAAUACGAAGAACAGAAGAAAGCCUGCAUUGUUUGUUGAGGCGUCAAACAUAAAACUAAUCCAAGGAGGAGCAAACCUGAAAUAUUUCAAGAAAAUUGCUACACUGUUACCAAAGAUCUGAACAGAAUACACACAAUGGCACAAAUUACUAGUCCUGUAAACAGGCUGUCUAGACCUGCAGCAGAUUUAUCACAAGGGCUCUGGCUGGAUGAUAAAUGUGGCGCAGUUUUUUCUCUAUACUAUUAAUCUAUACUAUUAGUUGGGUUACUUUGAGACUGGAUUUCAUGUUAGAACUGUGGCCAGAAUUGACGCUAAAUGUUGCAUAGACAUCACACUCGUUUUAUGGUAAGUCAUGCCCCCUUAUCAGACUAGGGGUAGAUAAUUACUAUAAGCGUAGAAGCGCCAAACUGUGCCGCAUUUUGUUAUAACACUACAAAAUCAAGGAGCACUCACAUUAGUAAGUGUGGGCCAUUGUCUUAUUUCAACAAAUCAAAAUACUGGUGCAUUUGGUGUAUUAAAUCUUAUGAGAUACAUUUUCAAAAGGGGUUAUAAAAACAUAGCUGCCAUAUUCUAAAAGCAACACCACCCUGUGUAGAGAUUGUGUGUGGUAUUGCACGUCAUUUACGUCAAUGGAGCUGAUCUGCAAUACCAGACACAAUCUGUGGACAGGUGUUGUGCUGUUCUUGGAUGAAAGCAGUCAUGUUUUUCUAAUCCUGGACAACCCCUUUAACUUUACCUGGUGAAAACAUUGGGGGUCAUUUACUAAGACAGGCGUCUAACCCCGUGCGCUGGAUCCACCGAAGUUAUGAAGAGGCUUCGGCCUCUACAUAACUUUGGCGCAUUCACCGCUGGUCUAAAUGUAAGCCAGCUUCCUUGACCAUUUUCUAUGACCUAAAACAGGCAUAGAAAAUGAUAAAUGAGAUGGGCCUACCCAAGCCGGAAAAAGUCGCAGAUAGCUGCGCAAUUAUGUUUGCGCCACAAUCUGCGACAGAUUAUGCCAUAAAACUGAUGUAUAUCAGUUGGUAAAUUACCCCCAUUGUUUCUCCCAAAAAACAUGCUACACCUCACUGAGCCACCAGGGAGCAGCAAAGUGAUAUGUUAAUGUCUUCCCGUAAAGAACAGUGAAUCAGCCGAUAUAGCGCUAUAUGUGACUAGAGUAUAAGGGCGGCCACACGGUCAGGUGUCCUGAUGCAGUUUGGAACCCAAGCCAGGAGUGAAUUCAUAAAAGAGCAGAAAUAUGUCCUAUAUGCUCUCCUUUUAUGAUCCAAAACUGCAUCAGGAAACUUGAACAUGUGACUGUGUACCAUAAAAGCCCCCAUAAACAUUACAUUAUUGACAGCAGAGCUGGGGGGCUACUAUCUAAUGUGUUUGGGGGCCUCCUGACUCUCCCCUGACAGAUGAUGUUAGGAGUAAGAGGUUCGGGCAUUGAAAUAAAAUUUGGUCUGGCAGGAAAUAAGCCACCACCAGAGAUGUUUGGCAGCAGCUUUCUCCCCUCUUGCCACUGAAAACACAUGCAUGCUCGCAAGAAACCAGGCAUGCAUGUGUAUGGAGGAAUCAAGAGGAAAAAAAUGUUAUGUGCAUUCAACUCCUAAAAUAAGGCUUUAUAGUGGAGUUGUGGUUUCAGAAAAGUAGAAGAGUCUUUAACCCUUUACUACUACCAAGAUGUGUAGAUUAUGCCUUAAUCUGCUCUACUUUAAUCUUGGGGUACACGCUAGGACAGCCUGAUGGGCCUCUGAGCCUGCAGGUGAGGACUGGUGUGGUCGUCACGCAGGCGUGGUGACAUAAUUUAACAGAAAUCUACUGCUGGGCCCCUGUAUCUACAUGGGGCGGUAGACAGGGCAUGUGGGCAGGGGGUAGCCCCUGUUUUCCCUGCACCAGCGUUUCCACUGGAUGGAAGGUUUUCUGGAUGUUAUCCAGUCCCGCUCUCGUAUUUCUGGACUCAAGUCCGUCAUGUGUGAUUAUACCCCCCUGAUCCCCUGCAGGUCAAGGCGAUCUGUCAGGAAACAGGACGGGGAGAAACGUAUACGCUCAAGGAAUUCACUGCAUAAAUUCACUGAUUUGACACAGAUCAGUAACUGUUUGUAACAAUAACUUCCCCUAUGACUGGCGCUUACUAACCCCCAAACCCCCCUCUACCUCCGAGUCACUGUAGGGCCUAGGAUAUGACCUCUGCUGGUAACUGUCCUAGGACAUGGCCUCAGAGCUAGAAGUGAGAGCAGCAAAGGACCCUUCUCUUACUCUAAUGAUUUUACUUAUCCUGUUGCUAAUUUUAACCCUUUCAUACCCACCACCCUCUUUAGAUAAUAAUAAGCAAGAUUAUUUUUAGAAAAUGUCUUCAACAUUGUAUAUCAGUGUAUAACUGCAAAUCUGAUUUAAAGAAGAAUUUCAUUGACAAUAAAUAAUCACCACUGCUGGUA